GUAAUAUAAUCUACUUCCGCAUUGAACAGCCUCGUUUCCGUGUGUACGCAUAUUGACCGGCCGCGCCUCGAACUAAAUUUUAAAUCUAGUAAAGCAGCUCACAAAAUGUGCCCAAACUGACGAUUUUUUCCACUUUUCAGAAUAAGGGUACAGAUUAAGUCUUGCUUGAAUAAUGGCGACGAAUCUCAGCCAGCAGAAGUUGGCUGAAAAGCUGACAGUUCUCGUCGAUCGCGGUGUGGGAAUGCAGGCUCGACUGUACAACAUCAAGAAAGCAUGUCAAGAUCCACGAUCACGCCCAGCAUUUCUGUCCGAGAAGGCUCUGGAGCCGUGUCUGAAGAACAUUGUCAAGAAGUUUCCCCACACAGAGAAAAAUAUACAGGGUCAAUUAGCACCAAUCGAUCAGCGGAAAGCCGAAAUCCUGAAAGUGUUGAGCGUGUAUUACACAACGUUCAGAGACAUCCAUGAAUACACGGAUCAUGUGACCGAGCUUCUGACUGUUCUGUCCAGCUGCCAUGUCCAUUUUGACAUUACGGCCAACUUUGACAUGACGAAGAACUACCUGGAGUUGGUGGUCACUUACAUCUCCAUCAUGAUGCUGCUAGCCAGAGUCGAAGACAGAAAAGCCAUGCUGGGGCUGUACAACCAGGCGUACGAACUGGCCUACGGAAAGAGUGAGCCCUCUUUUGCCCGCCUGGGGACGCUUAUCAGCGAGUUUGACAGCCCUGUUAAGAAGCUGACGCAGCAGUUCGUUCCUUUGGAGAAGUGCGUUGCCUCAGCUUUGUUCUCCUUGCUCCAUCUUUACCCAAGACGCAACAUGAUGGCCGGCGAGAUGCGAUCCCAGGAGAUGCUCAGCUUAGUCUCCAAACCAGCGCUGCUCUUGAACCCUGCACAGAGCGAGACUAUGCGCUGUGAAUACUUGUCUCUGGAUACCAUGGAACGAUGGAUAAUCCUUGGUUUCCUGGUCUGCCCGACGCUCCUUCAGAGCAACGAGCGCGCUCACGCCCUCUGGAGGCCUGCCCUGCAAGGCGGUUUCUGCAUCACGCUUUUCCGUGAUGAGGUCCUUAUGUUCCACAAAUACAUCGAGGUCUUCUUCGACACAAUCAAGGGCUUUCACAAAAGGGUACUGGAGGUCAAGGAAUGCUGCAACCACGCGCUGCAACACGCAUCCACCAUUCAUCGCGACCGACGGAAGUUCUUGCGAGGAGCUUUGAAGGAACUGGUGACCAUCUUGUCUGACCAACCCGGUCUCCUUGGACCAAAAGCCUUGUACGUCUUCAUGGGCUUAGCCUUUGCCCGCGAUGAGAUCCUCUGGCUCGUCCGUCACGCUGAACAUCCGCAUCCCAAGAUGAAAUCCAAAUCCAACGUGGAGGAUUUCUUGGAUCCGUUGCUGCCUGAGAUGCUGUUCCACAUGGAGGAACUCCGAGCACUUGUGAAGAAGUACCAUCAAGUUCUUCAGCAGUACUACAUUCAGUAUCUGAACGGCUACGAUGCCAUUGUUCUCAAUAAUCUCGCUAAGAAUCUUCCACUGUGCUCCGAAGAUGAAUCGGUCAUUCUGUCGUCCUUCGUACAGACAAUGGAAAAUCUGAGCCUUCAACAAGUUCAGAACGGAGUCGUGUUUGACUUCCGUGGCUUCCGUCUAGACUGGUUCCGGCUGCAAGCCUACACUAGCAUCCGUAAAGCCACGCUGAUCCUGACCGAGAACCAUGAGCUGGCUCGGACCAUGAACACCGUAGUGUUCCACACCAUCAUGGUGGACGCACUGGAUGAGAUCCUCAACGAAACCUCCGACUUGAGCGUCUUCUGCCAUCGUAGCCGUUUCUUUGACCGCAUGUUUGAGAUGUGUCUGACCUACGCGUCGCAGGCUCGUUACGCCAUCGCGUUCCCGUUGAUAUGUACGCAUUUCAUCAACUGCACCCAUGAACUCUGCCCGGAAGAGAGAUACCACAUUGGAGACCGCAGCCUGACCGUCACCAACGCCUUCCUGGACAGACUAGCCAAGGAGGUUAAGGACGUGGUGACCAAGAUAUGCACGGAGCAGUGCAUGCUCAGUGACCAGCUGUUGCCAAAGAACGCAGCCCCACAUCUGGCCAAGAAUGAGCAUCUCAGACGCCGAAUCAAGGAGAAGGAUAAGAAGAAUAAGAACAUCCCUGAGCCUGCCGUGCCUGGAUCCGAGAGCUUUCGCAAGACCAGAGAGAGUCUUAGCGUUCAUGACAAACUUCACAUCAGCCUGACGGAGCUCUGCUAUGCCAUCAACUACACUCCCAAAAUCAUGGUCUGGGAGCACACGUUUGCUCCCAGGGAGUACCUCAUCCAGCAUCUGGAGGCAAGAUUUGCCAAAGCUCUCGUAGGAAUGAUGAUGUAUAAACCGGAGACCAACGAGAUUGCUAAGCCGUCUGAGCUACUGACGAGCGUCCGUACUUACAUGAAUGUCCUGCAGAGCAUAGAGAGUCAUGUUCACAUCGACGUGACCCGAGUGUUCAACAACGUCAUGCUGCAACAGACACAACAACUGGACAGCCAUGGCGAAAAGACGAUCACCAUGCUCUACACAAACUGGUACCUUGAAGUCUUGCUGCGGAGGGUCACCUCGGGUCAAAUCUGUUUCUCGCCUUACCAACGAGCCUUCAUCAGCCUGGCUCCGGACCCACAGCUUCCAUUCAACGCUGAGGAAUACACAGAUGUAACAGAACUGAGAUCCCUGGCCGAGUUGAUCGGAGCGUACGGCAUGAAAUUCCUUCACGAGAGCCUGAUGUGGCACAUUGCCAGCCAAGUCAGUGAACUCAAGAAACUUGUGACGGAAAACAAGGAUGUUCUUCAGCAGCUGCGGACUAACUUUGACAAGCCGGCCAUGAUGGCUGAACUCUGCGCACAGCUCAAAUCAAUUGAGAACCUUCUGACCAGACUCAACAUCAUCGGCGUGAUUCUGGCCUUCAAGUCACUCACACAGGAGGCUCUGUCAGAUACGCUGAAUCGUAGGAUCUCCUUCCUCUACAACUCCAUCACGGAUUUCCGGGAGCACGUCAAGGCGUCGGGCCUGGACGCGGGUACCGUGGACAUGCUCGCAUCCAGCGUUGGCUUGCCUUGUAAUGUGGACCCCGCCCUCUGCCACGCCCUGCAAGCGGAGAAGGACAUUAAUCCAACGGAGGACUACAAUACGUCUUGCCUGAUCAUGGUGUACAUCGCGGUCUCGUUGCGCGUUCUGGUUCGCAGCGAGACCACUGUCUACAGCCGGGUCUUGGACGCGCAUCCCAACAACUGCCACUGUUUCGCCAAGGCUAUCAAUGCCAUUGCGGGGUCGCUGUUUACUCUACACGGCCGCGGCGAUGUGGAACAGAGGUUGCAGGAAUUUUUGGCAUUGGCGUCAUCCAGUCUGCUUUCACUCAGUGGCGAGGCAAGCAAGCAGAUACAGCCCAAAGCCAAGGAAUCGCUCUAUCUGCUUUUGGACCAGAUUGUGAAGGAAUCACCGUUUUUGACCCAAGAUCUUCUGGAAUCUUGUUUCCCCUAUGUGCUUCUUCGAAACGCCUACCACGCUGUCUUGAAAAGGGAUUAGACCAGCCAAUCACAGUUAAUGUAAGAUACCAACUAACCAAUGAGAAGGACUGUUAUGUACAUGUACGUUUUUACGCACAUGUUGGCAGACAAGUUUUACAUCUGAAUAAUAACUGGAAAAAAAGCAGCCAAUAGCAAGGGCCGUUAGAUUUCAAUUGACCAAUGGAAAGUGAAAGAAACCAGCCAAUCAAAGGUCAUGUUAAAUACUAACUGACCAAUAGUAAUAUCUGUUACAUAAAGGUUCUGCCUUCAUACAUGUAACAUUACACAGAAAUUAUGGUGUUUUUUUUUAAGAUACCAAACAAAUCUCAGUAUUUACUCUAUAAUUAUAUUGGCAUGGAAUAACCAGCAAAAAAUACCCAUAAUAGGCCUAAAAUUGCUUUGUAAAUAUGUUUAAAAAGGGAUUGUUUACAGAGAAAACUAUACAAACAUGGUUAAAUGAGUAAUGCUUAUAUUAAGCUCAAUUCUUCUGUCGCGAUAAAGGUUGUAUCCAUUUUUUUAAUGUAAAUUUCACAAUUUCUUUUGUCUUCUUUUUAUGUACUUAGCUUUUCUGUACAGAAUGUAUUUACAAAUGAUUUGUAUCGCUGCAUGUUAGGAAAUACACACAUUUCUGCUUUUUUUAACGUAGGGAGAACAGGGCAUUUUCUCUUUGCAUAACCUUAGUUUAUUUAUGAAGUUGCAUCACAUUUCAUUUAUACUGUUUUUUUUUUAUAACCAAAUUAUGGAAAACGAAAGGAGAAUUUUAGGUAAGAUAUUAUAUAGAUAUUAAACAUUGUUUGAGGCGAGAUAGAAAAUUGCAUCGAAAACCCCUUCACUUGGAAGUAAAUUUUGUAGUUCCGUAGAUGCUGUGCUGCGUGUAUAUGGACCUCAAAGUUAUAAUUUAAUUUUGUAAACUUCCCAAUUUCAUAACACAAUUUAGAAAUAUAUUAAAGUGUACUUUCUUACAGCAUGCUUAUGCUAUGCUUAUCCAAGACUAAUAUUUUGGGAGGAGGAAUUUUUUUUUUUUUUUUUUUUUAAUGAUUUACAGGCAUGUAACUUUUCCUCGGAUCAGCUGAUUUCCUCUUUUUUUCACUUCCAAUGUGUGCCAUUGAAAAUAGAAAAACACUGUACAAAGUCUGGGAAAAAUUUGAAUUUCCUCUUUUUUUGUGAUUUCCCAGUUGCAUGCCUGGAUUUAGUCAGAUUAUAACUUAAGUUUAUUGGUGUACGAAAUAAUAGCUUGAUUGUACAAUUAAAUUUAUUAAUAAAUUGAGCAGAGGCGGCAGUUAUUUUAAGAAGGAAUAAAAUUGGGUGAAAUCUGGAGAAAAAAAAAGAUGACCGAAUAUUUAAAUUGAAAUACAGAGAUCAGAUAUGCAAUUAUACUAUAGAUUGUAUAAAUUUUUUUUGUAAUGAAUUUGAUCGCAACUGUCCUAUCUUUGCACGAGGGAAUUUUGGAUCAAAUAAUUUCACCUGUCGGCAACAAUUUUCAUAUUUUUGCCGAUUUUUUCAACUAUUUAUCCAAAUUUCAACUGUUACUUGCUGAUCUACCCAUGAACAAAAUAUAAUAACUCCGAUUUUGCAUAAAUUUAAUAAAUGAAAAUAGUGCUACUUUAA